AUGAAGCUUUGGUUGUUGAAAAAAUGCACUACAGAUCUAGUGAUAGCAUAUAACUUAACUUGGAAAUCAACUAAUUUCAAGACACUUUUGGAGUGGGAGCCCAGACCCAUCAAUCAUGUCUACACUGUUCAGAUAAGCUCUAGAUUGGGAGACUGGAAGACCAAAUGUUUCUACAUAGCAGACACGGAGUGUGACCUUACCGAGGAGACUGUGAGGGAUGUGAGGCAGACAUAUACGGCGCGGGUCCUCUCCUACCCUGCCCCAGACGCAGGCACCACGGGUUCUGAGGAGGCUCCCUUCCAGAACUCCCCAGAGUUCACGCCUUACCUGGAGACAAACCUCGGACAGCCAGCAAUUCAGAGUUUUGAACAAGCUGGGACAAAACUGAAUGUGACUGUCCAGGACCCACGGACCUUAGUCAGAGCGAACGGUACCUUCCUAAGCCUCCGUGAUGUUUUUGGCAAGGAAUUAAGUUACACACUUUAUUACUGGAAAGCGUCAAGCACAGGAAAGAGAACAGCCAAGACAAAUACUAACGAGUUUUUGAUUGAUGUGGACAAAGGAGAAAACUACUGUUUCAAUGUCCAAGCAGUGAUUCCAUCCCGAAAAGUGAACCAGAAGAGUGCAGAAAGCCUCAUUGAGUGCACCAGCAAAAGAAAAAGUGACUUCCGAGAAAUGUUCUUCAUCAUUGGAGCGGUGGUGUUUGUGGUCAUCAUCCUUGUCAUCAUCCUGUUCCUUUCUAUAAACAAGUGCAGAAAGGCCCGCAUGGAGCGCGGUGGGAAGGAAAACUCGCCACUGCGUGCUGCAUAAAGCUGCCGACACUACAGAUGAUGCAUUGCACUGGGACCAAGAACCUUUAUGAGAAGAGGGCACAAGGAAACACAAAUGAGUAUCUCGGAGCCUGAAGACCCUUGGGUCCUAGAAAGCUCUUGAUCUGACCUGUUCCAGUUAGCAUUUUGGUUUUGACAUCAGCAUUAGUCACUUUGAAAUGUGGUGAAUGGUACAGCCAAUUACAGGUUUUUAAAAUAGUAACACUACGGCACCUUUUACACGGCAUGUUUAGAUGACAUCUUCUGCACCCAAGGAGAAACCAGGUCAUCCAGGCAAAAAGGAACAACUGCCUUAAAUAAUCCUGGGUGGACAUUUGAAGAAUUUCUGAGAGGCUGACUUCAAAUCGUGUAGGAAAGUAAAAUGGAAAGGGAGUGGACUUUUCUCACAUAUGUGUCUGUAACAUGCUAUUGAGGAUUUUAUUGUUAGGGUACAUUUGGAGGGUCCAAACAAUAGGCAAACAUUAUAUGAACGUGUUAAAUGCAGGAGACUUUGGUAUUUUGAGCACCUUCCUAAUAUGCUUUCCAGUUUAGCACUUUAACUGACCAGGUGGUAUUGAUUAAACUUUUGAGCGCUAACUAUAUUUUUGUAAGACCAUACAAACAAACUACACAAAGUUUAAGAUUUAAGGUACUUAAAGCUUCUAUGGUUGACAUGGAUAUGUUUAUGUAGUUUUUAAAAAAGGUUUUAUAUAUGGGGAUUUUCUAUUUAUAUAGGUAAUAUUAUUCUAUUUGUAUAUAUGGAGAUAAUUUAUUUAAUAUACUUUUAUAUAAAUAAAGGUGAUGGAAUUUUUAGUAUUGUA